GUCAAUCAAAAUAGCUCCCGAAGCACCGCCCAGGCAGCACUGUCCCGCCUCUUUUCGUCACUUCCGCUUCAGCCCGUGCGCAGUCGAUAAGGAAACCCGGACGCCGGCGCAGCUCCCUUUUUUUCAGGCGGCCGGGAAGAUGGCGGACAUUCAGACUGAACGCGCUUACCAAAAGCAGCCGACCAUCUUCCAAAACAAGAAGAGGGUCCUGCUGGGAGAAACUGGCAAGGAGAAGCUUCCAAGAUACUACAAGAACAUCGGUCUGGGCUUCAAGACUCCCAAAGAGGCCAUCGAGGGUACUUACAUCGACAAGAAAUGCCCCUUCACUGGUAACGUGUCCAUUCGAGGACGGAUCCUGUCCGGUGUGGUGACCAAGAUGAAGAUGCAGAGAACCAUUGUCAUCCGCCGGGACUACCUCCACUACAUCCGCAAGUACAAUCGCUUCGAGAAGCGCCACAAGAACAUGUCUGUGCACCUGUCCCCCUGCUUCAGGGACGUCCAGAUUGGCGACAUCGUCACGGUGGGCGAGUGCCGGCCCCUGAGUAAGACCGUGCGCUUCAACGUGCUCAAGGUCACCAAGGCCGCCGGCACUAAGAAGCAGUUCCAGAAGUUCUGAGCCUGGACGCCUGCCUGCUCCCCAGGAAAUAAAAGUUAUUUUCCCACCCAA